AUGGGUCUCCGAGGGAACUCUGGAGGUCGAAGUAUGAUGGUCGUCAAGGACCAAUCGCAGAUUGACAAAAAGAUCGAAGAAAUUCAGACAUUUAAGGAAAGGAUUGAAGAGAAAUCACUGCGUUCUAACACAGACCAGAAUUCACAAGAUGAAUCCAACAGAGGCAACAAUUCAAACGAUCAGACUAUAGAACAGAAACCAACAGAGGACAACCAAUCUAAAUCACAGCCUAGCUUCUUAGCAUGGCCCUCCUCAGAGCCAACAAUAUCCACCAUCGCAUGGCUCCUCAGGGAGCAAGAAGUACAAAGGAGAGCUCAACACUUAGAAGCCAUGAAAACAGCCGAGGCCGAAAAGGUACAACAGGCGGCUGAGGCAGAAUUGAGGCUACAAAAAGCAUUUGCUCUCAAAAGAGAAGCGUUCAUCGAGAAGGCAACUAAAUUCUCUGCCACAGCUGCUGAAUAUGAUAAAAUAGAGAGGGCCGGCCAGAGGAAAUUUGAUCAUAUUAUGAAAAACAUUUCUCUCUUCGAGUGCAAGUUGAGAAAAAAAGUCAAACAGCUGAAUGAGGAGAGACACCGGAUGUAUUUGAAAGCUAUGAAGCAGUUGAAAGAGACCUACUAUCGAGAAAUGGAAAUUUUAUUCAAGACAGAGGCCGAAAGUGAAGAGGCCGAAAGUGAAGAGGCCGAAAGUAAAGAAGUCAAAGGUAACGAGGCCAAAGGUAAAGAAGCCAAUUGUAAACAACCAGCUCAAGAUGAAAAAGCUCGAGACGAAGAGGUCAAAGCUCCAGGCCAAAACAGCUUACCGGAAUGA